CGCUUCUUUCAACAGCAGUUAGUCAGACACCUCCGUAGCUUGCUAGACAAAAUAGGCGAACCAAUAAAGCUCUUUAGACGCUUUAGUAUAUAUUAGCCUCUGUGUUUUAAACCCACUAUUGUUGUCUAGUUAGUUAUCCGAUUUAUUUUCAUAUUUACGGUGUUGUUAUUAGUCAGUUAGCCGACUGGUUUAGUUAGCAUUAGCCUAGCUAGCUAAUAUCUCCGACCAUGAGUUCACUAAGCUACUCUUUUCCUGCUAAAGAAGGGGAGGUCUGCUGGACGGAGAAAGAAGCUCCCGUGAAAGAGGAGGACGAAGAGGUGGAUAUCUCAGUAAAACAAGAAGUAGAGGAUGAGGCCGUUACUGUGAAAGAAGAGGAAGACGCGUUCAGAGUGAAAGAGGAGGAGGAUGCAGUUUAUGGAGUGAAAGAGGAGGAGGAAACUGGAUAUGUGGGCCCGGUUUCUCAAACGAAUCUUAAUAAAGCAUCCAGUGGUUCUAACGAUGAAUUUAGCCACAAGAUGGUUUUGAGAAACCGUUCCCUGAUUAACACUAGAGAGAUACGUGACUAUCGUGGAUCCUCUGGGGAGCCUCAACAACCUCAUGAUGCUGACGAGGCAGAGAAGAGUCUCUCCAGAUCAGAACUCCUCAAGAAACACCUGCAGAGACCCACAGGGAAGAUAAUUCACCGCUCUGACUGUGGGAAGAGAUUCACCUCAUCAGCAGGCAUUAGAAUUCAGCAGAGAAUCCACACAGUAGAGAAACCUUAUUGCUGUACUCAAUGUGGGAAGAGUUUUAAAACAUCUAGCCAUCUUAUUGUACACCAGAGAAUACACACAGGAGAGAAAUAUUAUAGCUGUGAUCAAUGUGGGAAGAGUUUUAUUCAGCUAAGCAACCUGAUACCACACCAGAGAAUACACACAGGAGAGAAACGUUAUAGCUGUGAUCAAUGUGGGAAGACUUUUACUCACGUAAGCACCCUGAUAUCACACCGGAGAAUACACACAGGAGCGAGACCGUAUAGCUGUGAUGAAUGUGGGAAGAGUUUUGCUAGGUCGAGCCAUCUGACUCUUCACCAGAGAACACACACAGGAGAGAAACCUUAUAGCUGUACUCAAUGUGGGAAGAGUUUUACUCAUUCAACCAGCCUGAUAUUACACCAGAGAACACACACAGGAGAGAAACCUUAUAUCUGUGAUCAAUGUGGGAAGUGUUUUACUCAGCUAAGCAGCCUGAUAUCACACCAGAGAACACACACAGGAGAGAAACCAUAUAGCUGUGAUGAAUGUGGGAAGAGUUUUACUGAGUUGAGCAGUCUGACUGUACACCAGAGAAUACACACAGGAGAGAAACCCUUUAGCUGUACUCAAUGUGGGAAGUUUUUUUUUACAUCUAGCCAUCUGAAGAUACACCAUAGAAGACACACAGGAGAUAAAUCUUAUAGCUGUACUGUAUGUGGGAAGAGUUUUGUUCAAUCUGGGGGACUGAAGGUACACCAGAGAACACACACAGGAGAGAAACCUUAUAGCUGUAAUCAAUGUGGGAAGAGUUUUGUUCGAUCUGGGGAACUGAAUAUACAUCAGAGAACACACACAGGAGAGAAACCCUAUAGCUGUACUCAAUGUGGGAAGAGUUUUGUUCAAUCUAACCAACUGAAGAUACACCAGAGAACACACACAGGAGAGAAACCUUAUAGCUGUGAUCAAUGUGACCAGAGAUACUCUGAUAAAAGAUAUCUGAUUAAACAUCAGAAAAUACAUGCAUGAAGGAGUUUUUUUCAUGAUAUCAAACAUUGUAGAAGGAGUAUUUUAAUGUCACAAUGUAGAAUGUUUUAACAUUGUAGGAGUAUUUGGUUGCUGAUUGUCUCAAGGGUGAGCAGUCAAAAAGUUUUGUGUUUAGCCAGUGCAUCACUAUUUAUUUUGACUGCAAGUUUUUCCGUAUUGGAGAUUGAGUUUUGUUUGGGCCCCUUCCAAGGGGACGAGAGUUCUAGAAGCUAGUGAUUUUUAGGAUUCUAUAGAAAGAAAAAAGAUAUGAUUGUAUAUUAUUAUUUAGAAAUACAUGUUUUUUCUUGUUUUUAAUUGUUGACAGCCAGUAGAAACCAUAUUUAUAUUGUAGGAGGUAAAGCAUUGUAGUUGGAUAUAAUGUGAAAUGGAAGUUCUGUUGGUGGUGCAAACUUUUCCAACAACUGUUAUAGGAUAUAUUUGUUGUCUUAAGGGGGGAAAGUGUUACUGGCUUUGGUUUUUCCAUUUAUGUUUUGAGGUUGGAUUUCAGCACGUCUAGCUCGUUAGUACGUAUAGCUUGUUAGCACGUAGGGCGCACUGAUUUGUGUCUCCUCGGUUAUUUUGUUUGCCUCCUCUUUGGCCGAUUUAGUGGGUCUCAUCUCAUGGUGGGUGACUUUUAUGUCCCAGUUGUUGUUACUAGUCAGUGGACACUGAGAGCAAAAUUGCAAGAUUAUGUUAUAAUACUUUUAUUGCAUCAAAUGGUUGUCUUAUGCAACAGAAUAGAGGGUUCUUAGAACUAUAGUGUCUGUGUGUUCUACUGAGGAUGGGCCUCUGGGAGAAAACAAUGACAGGAGAUUUACAAUGUAUUUUGGGUGAUAUAACCUAAAGUGACCGUAUGAGUUAAUGUUUCUGUUGUCUAUGGUACCAGGGAGAGAUGACCCCAGGGCCAGAUCCUGGUCUCAACACAAAGAGUACUGUUUUUACAGUAGAUACUGUCUGCUGAGAAUUAUAACUAUCUUUGAUAGAAAUCUAAACCUUGUGACCCGUUCUAUACAUCUGUUAGUCGUCAUGUAGGUUGAAAGGGGUGUAUCUUGGCUGUAAAAGACCUUUGUACUUUUGUAUCGUGGCUCUCAAUUAAUCAUCUGGGGGUGAUUUGUCCACCAGCCAUCAUUAUUGUAGAGCACUCAAUUGAUUCACUUUAUGUGUGCGUUGUAUUGACCUGCUCCCUUAUUAUUGAGUGAAUAAAGAUUUAGAUUAAGAAUAACUCAUGUGAGAAGUUUGUCUCCUCAAUUGAUAUUAAAGACAUUAACAAACACAUUUGGCGAUGGGGAUGUGAAUCCUGAUUUGGUGACUGCUCCUGACGACCUGGGUAAAUGGUGCACGAGGGAUCCCUUUAACAUGGGAGCUCGGGGAGACCAGACUUGGGGAACGGAGCAGAUGAACCCACCUUUGAUCUGAGAGAGAGCGAGCUGAGUGGAUACCACAUCUCCAACCUAGUUUUUUUUUAAAGAAAGAGGUGAGCAAAACACUUAAAGUGGAGUUUUUAUAAAAGCCUUGACUCUUGUGUGUAUUCCUGUGUGAGGGGGGCACCUUGGAGGUGUGAUCAGGGCCGAGUCAGGAGGCUCUGAGUGAACUGGAUGAAAAUUAUAAUCUGUGUAUACUAGUUAAGACCAUUUCUGAUAUAGAUAGUAAGGUACACAUGUAAUUGUUUUAAACCUGGACCCCAUUUUAGAAGUAUUGAAAGAUGUAAUUGUAUGUACAAAUGUGAAAAUAUUCCUGCAGGUUAAAAUAUUGUUCAAAAACAACUAAUUGAUUAGGUAUGUUAGGGAAUAGCAUUGUGUGACUGUGGUAUGAGAGUUGCGUGACUGAUAUGAGAGAUGUGUGACUGAGUCUUAAUCAGAAGUUUGGAUAGUAACAUAGAGAUCUAUAGUUCCUCACAGAGAUCUAUAGUUCCUCACAGAGAUCUAUAGUUCCUCACAGAGAUCUAUAGUUCCUCACAGAGAUCUAUAGUUCCUCACAGAGAUCUAUAGUUCCUCACAGAGAUCUAUAGUUCCUCACAGAGAUCUAUAGUUCCUCACAGAGAUCUGUAGGUCCUCACAGAGAUCUCUAGAUCCUCACAGAUAGA